AUGGGACUUAUAUUCUUUCUAGAAAAUGAAGUGAAGUUGAAAAACACUAAAACUUUCAAAAACACAAACCAAGACAGUCGCAAACAUUAUUUAGCCGAUGGAGAAUGGAAGUUUCAGAAAGUGGAGAUCAUGGAGGUGACCGAAAUUUAUGCCGACGGAAAAUACAGUACAGUCAUCUAUCAGAUUUCUAUGAAGAGGAGAUCCAUUCUUUAUGAAUUAAUUGUGAUUCUGCCGAUGUUUAUUCUCUUCUUGCUGGAUAUGGCUAUUUCUUAUGCUUUUGCCUCUCCUGCAGAAAAAAUUGCCUACAAAGUGACCAUAAUCUUGCAGGUCUCAUUUUUUUCUGUGAUGCUUAUUGACAAGUUACCACCCACAUCAGAUUAUCCACCAGUAAUAGGUAAUUACCUAAUCAUGUGGAAUAUAAAGUAG